AUGGAAACACCGCCCGCAACAAUGGAACUGACCAUCACUCAUCGCGGAAACGCAUAUCACAUAAAUCUGCUCUCAGAUGACACCAUUGCGAUGCUGCAGAGCCGCCUAGAAGAACUUACGUCAGUACCUCCAUCCUUUCAGAAACUACUGUACAAGGGGAAGAAACCGAGUCUCAAGGAUGAUAACACCCUCGCACAGGCAGGACUCAAGGAUGGCAUGAAGGUGCAGAUGCUGGGCUCGACGGCGGAAGAGCUCGGCGGGAUGAGAGCGGUGGAGGACGAGCACAGCCGACGAGAACGUAUUAUGCGGGAACGCGCAGCAAAGGCGCAUGCAAAGGUCCGCUCGACUGGCGCGUCUUCAUCUGCAGCAAGCUCGAGGUACCAGUUUCAUCACAUCGAACCCCUGCCACAUCUCCCCGAUCCACCGUCUGCCCUCGCGCUCCUGCAGCGCUUGGCGGCCGAUCCUGCCAUCCGGCAUAUCAUGCAGAAGAACCAGCUUGCUGUGGGCGCCCUAACAGAGCUGGCACCACACGAGCAGCCGGAGCUGCUGGGGCUGAACGUCAACGCUGGGCAGACAAUCAAGCUGCGCAUCCGCACCGACCGAUAUGACGGUUUCAGGCUAUAUAAAGACAUCAGGAAGGUUCUAUGUCAUGAACUUACCCAUAAUGUCUGGGGCGAUCACGACGACAGCUUCAAGGAAAUGAAUUCUCGAUUGAACCGUGAGGUUGCUGAGUUCGAGCGCUCCGUGUCCGAAGGGACACAUCACCUGGCUGGACUCGGCGACGUGUAUGCGCCUUCGUCUGAAAUCGAGGCCGAGGCGCGGACGUACCUGAGCGGAGAGGGACUCCAGGUGUUAGGAGGGUCUUCAUCAGACUCUAUGCUGAACGAGACCCGGGAGGAGAGGCGGAUACGAUUGCUGGAUGCUACCAUGAGGAGAUUACAGAAAGAGGAGGAAGAACUAGAGCAGAUGUGCGGGACCACCAAAUCACCCUAG